GCCCAUUAGAAAAAAUUGUGGUGGCAGCACCAGAAAAAUUGGAGAAUGAUUGCAAACUGCAAUACUCUUUUACCACCUAUUCCCCCCUGUUUGUCUCCAGGAAUUUCAUGUGAUAAAAGAAUUAGCACAUUACCACUUCAUUCCCCUCCUCAAUCUUAAGAUCUUGUUCCAUUUACACAAGAUACAUACGCUCUUUGUGAAUCUGCUUCCAUCUUGUUAUUUCAUUCAUCGGGUCUCCUUUUGCCUCUUGGCCAUUUUCCUACAUCAAUUCUAUUGUGAUUAAGUCGGAGAAGAGUUUUAGCUUCACGCUAUCAUGGGUGUUUCUGAGGGAAUUCUCUUAGGGAUGGGAAAUCCAUUGUUGGAUAUAUCUGCGGUCGUGGACCAAGAUUUCUUGAACAAAUAUGAUAUCAAGUUGAACAAUGCGAUUCUCGCUGAGGAAAAGCAUUUUCCCAUGUACGAAGAAAUGGCCAAAAACUACAAAGUGGAGUUUAUUGCAGGAGGUGCUACUCAAAACUCAAUCAAAGUGGCUCAGUGGAUGCUUCAGUUCCCUGGUGCAACAAGUUACAUUGGGUGUAUUGGGAAGGACAAGUUUGGGGAGGAAAUGAAGAAAAACUGUAAACUUGCUGGUGUUAAUGUUCGCUAUUAUGAGGAUGAAUCCACACCCACAGGAACUUGUGCUGUCUGUGUCCUUGGAGGUGAAAGAUCACUUGUAGCAAAUCUAUCAGCAGCAAACUGCUAUAAGUCUGACCAUCUCAGGAAACAAGCCAAUUGGGCACUCGUUGAGAAGGCUAAGUACUUCUACAUUGCUGGAUUCUUCCUUACUGUGUCCCCUGACUCCAUCCAACUUGUUGCUGAAUAUGCAGCCGCAACCAACAAGGUGUUCACUAUGAACCUUUCAGCUCCAUUCAUCUGCGAGUUCUUCAGGGAUGCACAAGAGAAAGUCCUUCCGUAUGUGGACUUCGUAUUUGGAAACGAGACUGAAGCAAGAACUUUCUCAAAAGUUCAUGGUUGGGAGACGAAGAAUGUGAAAGAGAUAGCUAUCAAGAUAUCGCAAUGGCCUAAGGCAUCAGGAACAUACAAGAGGAUUACUGUCAUAACUCAAGGUGAAGAUCCUGUGGUUGUUGCUGAAGAUGGGAAUGUGAGGACUUUUCCUGUCACUCCAUUGCCAAAAGAGAAGCUAGUCGACACAAAUGGUGCAGGUGAUGCGUUUGUCGGAGGAUUUAUGUCGCAGUUGGUUCAAAAGAAGCCCAUUGAAGAAUGUGUAAGAGCAGGUUGCUAUGCGUCCAAUGUUGUCAUCCAAAGGUCUGGCUGCACAUACCCUGAAAAGCCUGAUUUCGAGUGAAAAACACUUGGAAAUUGGCUUUUCUAAAGUUGAAACACUAUUGUUCUACUAUUUUGUUAUUGUUUUCUUCUAGAUUUGGUGCUUCGAGCACAAUACCAACAAAGUACAAUAAUACACAAUUAUAACUGUAUCCUUUUAAGUAUAUUCAUUUACACAAAUGUGAGGAAGUAUGGUC